AGUUGUUCAUGCAAGAUUUUUCAAAUCCACCACAGAGCGGCAUCAACCGUUCCGCGCCAAAAGCUUCGGCAGCAGAAUACGCACUGAAGAGAAGGACAAAUGGUGUUGCUCUGUUUUGUUUUGGAUCUGUGCAGUCUCCCGCCUCCACUGCUUGGAGAUGUAAAGCAGUCUCUGUUGCAGCUUGCCAAUUACUACGCAAUUUCGUCGUCUUCGAGUCGAUCGAGCUCUCUCGAAGACAGGAUCGGAUUAUGCUACGUCUUUAAAUGUCGCAUCUCUUGCUCCGUUGAGCUAAAGAUCGCAUACAGUCCGAUAGGAAACUUCAGUCUCCGUAACUUUCACCGUGCCGUUAACAACUUGCCUAGCGAGGCCUUCUUGCCUGAAAUCGAUGAUUCUGGAGCUCUCUGUUGCCAUGAUGUGAAACUCUCGAGCGUUUUGAGUGAUCAAGUCUUGUAUUCCUGGGGAGGUAAAGACGUCAUGAGAAAAGUGAUUGUUCUGAGCUCGUGCUUACCUAAACAUAUAGACUCUGCCAUAAAAACUAGUCUCGCGCAUGCAGCAGAUAAAUGUGUUUCGGUGGAGUUUGUAUUGUUUGAGAAGAGAUCAGGUCAUCUCACUGAUGUACAGGAAAGUAUCAACAGCUUUUCGAGAAGUAUAUCUGAGCUAGACAACUGCUCGCUUCAAAUGUGCCUACCAGAUGAUAAAGCAUUUUAUAGCCUGGUCAAACGAUGGCUACAGGAUUUGAAGGAUGACAUGGAGGAACCAUUACAAGCUCAAUUUAUCUUCAAGAGCAACAUUGUAGGCUCUGUCAACCAAAUAACCUGCAACCUGUACACUUCUGUCAACCAGAUUAUUGAUGGUUUCACUCCUUGUCAGACAUGCAGCUGUCAUGGCAUUUCGUUAGAUGAACCAGUGAAGAAUAGAGCUGAAGCACCUUCUUGUCCAGUCACUGGCCAUGAUUUGGGAAAAGGUGAAGCGAUUGAAAAUUCCGCGAAGGUCGGAGAUAAGACAAUCUUGCUUAUGCCCUCUUGCCAGACCCUUUUAAGGCUCCAGAAAGUGUCUUCUCCAAUUGACUUCAAUAUUAUUGAGAAGACUAACUUAGGGUCUCUUAGUGAAGGCCUCUUCAUUGGUGCUUCCUAUGUUGUGACCCCAUCAUCAUGUCAUGAGAUGGAAGCUACAUCAGAUGAAAUAGAUGAGCCAGAGUUGAAUUCUCAAAUUUUCCAAGGGCUUCGCAGUGCUUUACACUCGAUGGAUCAGGGUCUUGUAUGCUCUUCAAAGUGCAAUAUGGAAAGCAUGAAGGAGGCGGCUUUCCACUGCUAUUAUAUUCUUCUGCCUUCAAGCAAUGGCCCAAUGCUCCUCAGGCGUCUUGCAGGAUCAGAGGAAGUCUUGCCUGUUCCUGAUGUCGGUCAAUUAACUACUUCAUCAGUGACCAAGGAAGUCGAGAAUGCUAUUGAAGACUUUUUAUCAAAGAUAGAAACAAAGGACUACAAUCCAGUCUUGCAUGAGAGGGGCUUCCAUCAAAAACUAAACUUGCUUGUGAAAGAGAGCUUGCAAUUUUGGUCGAUAAUUCCUCCAACUGAUGGGGCAAACUGCGAACUUAGCCCGACCCAAUCGGAGCCUUCAGCAGUGAUAUCACAAUCAAAUAUGGCUAUAGAAGUGGCUGUACAGGAGGAAAACCCACAGGUGAAUUCUACAGCUAAAGAAGACAAAACAGCUGCUAGUAUUGCAGAAGAAUGGGAACAGCUGGUUGUCCAUGAAGUCCCCAUGAUAAAAUCUCCUGUUUGUAUCACCAAAUCCAAAUUAGAUCAUCAAUCAGUAAUGUCACCGCCGGACAGUAAUAGGCAGCUGGAUGUAAAAACUUCCAGGAUAUUGGAGAGAUUGGAGGUUCCAAAACAGUUGAAAGCAAAGGUAACCUCACCUACUCUCACAAGCAACAGCAUCUCGGAUACAAGUGCGCAAGCGAAGAAGCCUCUAAUCCCAUUCCAGACAAUUCAUGCUUCAGACAAAAACUUGACUUCAAGCCAGCUUAUAAAACCUAGUUUCCAGAGGCUAAAAAGGAAACAUGUGUGAAGGAAUGUCAUGGUCCCUAUAUGAGCUCAGAAUUGCAAUUGCAGAGUAGAUGAGGACAUCAAAAUUCCCUUUCCUUCCC